ACGCCGAACGCGAAGAUACGGGAUGGCUACAAGUGGAAUGUCUUUCACCAUAGAUCUGUUCGAUAAUGACUAAACUGCAACAACUACAUAUCGAGACAGAACAGGUCGUGGGAAUAAUUAGAAAUCAUUAGAAAAAGCGGUGUUCACUUUUUGUUUUCUGUCACUAUGGAUGUCUUUUUAUAGUCGACGUUUUCUACCAGACACCGGUAGAGAUUUUACAUUAACGUGUAUUUUAUAAUAAUGGUAAACAAUAUUUUAUAUAUAAAAUCAUGAUCGUGAUAGAUAUUCAUUAAGAACCAGUUGCUUUUGCAUUCACACAGAAGAACAUGAGAAACGCAGAUGAUUCACCUGAACAAGAAAAACCAGACACUUUGGAUCAUGGCCAGCCUUACAAUUUAUAUACAGAAAUACAUUUACUUGAAGAUCACAAAGAUAUUGUCCGCAAACUUCUGCGACUUGACAACAGAAGGUUUGCUUCAGCUGCUGAUGAUGCUACCAUCAUCAUUUGGGAUGUUGAGUUUGUCCAGAAACUAUGCACCCUGCAGGGUCACACACUUCCUAUUACCUGCCUGUUGCCCCUUAAAUUAGAUAAUGGACAUCAAGUACAAAAUCUGCUCUUAACUGGCUCUGCUGAUCGACAGAUACGGGUGUGGGAUAUUGACACUGGAUCUUGUCUACAUAUUGCUACAGAUCAUUCCGGUUCUGUUCGGUGCUUGAUUCCUUUAAAUGAUGGAGAAAUGUUUGCUUCUGGAGGUCAGGAGAUAUGUGUGUGGAACAAAGAGGGCAAACUUCUACAUAAAUACAACCGCAGUGUCAACUUAGUUCCUGUAAUAGCUUUACUCAGCAUCACUAAUAACCGUAUUGUAGCAGCAUCUGAGAAACAACUUGAAGUGUACAGUGUGACAUACGAAGGUACAUCUUCAGCAGAAAUCUCCUUUGAACGAAACUUAGGACCACACCGUGAACCAAUUCAAUCCCUUGUGACAAUCUCAGAUAAAAUGUUCUGUAGUGGUUCCAUUGAUGGAAUGAUCAUUGUUUGGUCGGCAAAACUAAAACCUACUCACAGCAUCAAUUCUAUCCCAGAUUAUAAAGGCAACAGUAAAUUAUUUCCCUACAGUGUUCAACAUGUAUUUUGUGCAGAAAACCGUUAUAUAUUUGCUGCUAUUGGAGCAGGAUUUUGUAUAUAUGAUGUGGAGACUCGACGCUUUGUAGUGAAGAAGACUGUGGCCCAUUAUUCUAAAAUAUUACACAUGGAUUUAGUUUGUAAUGGACUUUAUCUUGCCACUUGCUCAGAAGAUGGAUCUCUGCGACUUUGGGGUAGGAAACCUGAAGUGAGAAGUCCCAUGACAGAACUACGAUCUCCUAUAAUCCACAAGAAUUUCAGUCCUAUGGAAAGAUUCUUUGGAGAAAGCAUAUUACAAAUUGGAAGCAGUGAAAGUACGAAAAGUCCUGAACUUCUUGGGGAAUGUCUAGGUCAUUCUGGAGCAGUCCAGAUGUUUGUUGACUUUGGUGCUGAUGGGUUAAUCACAUGUGGAGGUGAUGGAGUGAUGAUAGCAUGGAAGAAUCAUGAACACGAAGAGAUGAAGCGAUGUAUACGAGUUCUGGAACUGAAACUAGAUGCUAACUGUACAUUAUGAGAUUGGGUUAAUAUUUAAGAGAAAACGAAUUGCUAUAAGAAAAAUCAGUAUUUAAAAUAAAUAUUUAAUGAACCAUU